CCGUCAUCCUCGGCUUCAGCGCCUGCCCGGUCUCCGGCUUCGGGGGCUCCGCAAACAGGUCGCAGCUACACGCCGGGCCCGACAGGAAAUUUAACUCCGGGAGGAUCGACGAGCACGGCUGUGGGUUUUUCCAGUCAGCCUGGUAUGGACGGUUCUCGGACAGGAGGUGGAAUGAGGUGUUUUUCUUGCGGGGAAUCGGGCCAUCGCCAAACGGCCUGUCCCCGCCGUGCCGGUUCCCAUACUUUGGUGGCUGAUUUUGAUAUUUCCGGACAUGAGGAGGCGGGUUAUGAUGGUCCGCCAGUUUAUGAUGACGAGCCCGAGCCGGCUGAGGAGCAUAUUCACGGAGAUGUGGGGCAUGCGUUGAUUUUACGGCGCUCCUGUUUAUCGCCUCGGGCUUCUACUGAGGACUCUCUACAACGCCACAAUCUUUUUGAGUCUACGUGUACUGUGGGUGGUCGUGUCUGCCGCUUCAUUAUUGAUACAUGGUCCUGUGAAAAUGUGGUCGCACAAGAUGCGGUUGAGC